ACCGAAUAGUAGUUUGAUUAAAAACAAAGAAACACAAUGGAUCCUUAUUCGUUGAGCGUGGAGCGAGAGGCAUCGAAGAACAUCGAGGAGAAUGAACGAGAGUGCUUUAAAGAUGCGAUCGUCUCGAGCCGGAGCCUUAACAAAGGUUUCGUCGAACCGACGAACCUUAGAAAUGCCAUCCGAGAGAUCGCCGCCUGCAUCAUUGCAGCGUCUUUCCACAUAGCGGUGGGCUUCACCAUGGCAUAUUCAGCAACUCUUAUUCCUCAUCUCGAGAAGGAAGACGCGCGUAUACAUGCCACGCGUGAACAAACUUCCUGGAUAGCCAGUUUGGCUGUCGUAAGUGCGCCAGUUGGUGCCUUAAUAGGGGGCUUCCUAAUGGAAACGUUUGGUCGAGUGAGAACUCUGCAGAUCGGUGCGAUUCCCUCUUUAAUCGGUUGGAUCCUUAUUGGCACAUCAAAGAAUAUACCGAUGUUACUAUUCGGUCGUCUGUUAACCGGAUUAGCGACCGCCUUAAUGACUUCGCCAGCAAUCGUCUACAUCACUGAGGUAGCCAGGCCGGAACUCCGUGGAUCCUUGAUUUCAUUCGGACCUACCCUGGCAUCAUUCGGCAUGGUGCUGUGUUAUUUGAAGGGUGCUUACGUAAAAUGGGAAACAGUUGCUUACCUCAGCACCGCCUACUCGCUCAUACCCAUUUUCAUGGUGCAAUUCCUGGUGCCGGAGUCUCCCGUCUGGCUUGUCUCGAAGGGCCGAAGAGACGAUGCCAAGAAGUCUUUGGACUGGCUUUACAAGAAUGAGACGUCGGAAAGCAAGACAUCGGUAGCUCUGGCACAAUUUAACAAUAUUGUGAAGGAACACGAAAUUAAAUUGAGCGAGCAACGGCGGAGCAAACACGGUAGUACGGCUAGUAAAUGGCGAGGAUUUCUUAAACCGACUGGAUGGAAACCUAUGGCGAUACUUUUUUUGUUCUUCUCAUUUCAACAGUUUUCCGGAAUUUAUAUCACACUAUUCUACGCGGUGACUUGGUUCCAAGAAGUGGGUGCGGGUGUAGACGCAUAUUUAGCGUCAAUUUUGGUGGGCCUGACGCGUUUCCUGUGCUCCAUGGUGAACACUUGGUUAUUGAGACGAUACAAGAGACGAUCAUUGUGUAUUAUAUCAUCCUUCGGAAUGGCUCUGUGCAUGAUCGUCUCCGGUUAUUUCACGCUGAACAUUAAGAAUGGCGAUCGCAGCGGAUUCUGGGUACCAGUGGCUUGCCUGCUACUUUAUGUGUGCACAUCGAUGGUCGGAAUGUUGACCAUUCCAUGGACUAUGACAGCGGAAUUGUUCCCGACCGAAAUCCGUGGGAUCGCACAUUCUAUCAGUUAUUCUAUAGCGAAUCUACUCAUGUUCGCUGCGUUGCAGAGCUAUAGAAGCUUGCAAGAAUUUCUAGGAGGUGCGUAUGCCGUGCAGUAUUUCUUUGCCGGCGUUUCCGUGGGGGCGGCUAUUUUCGUGUGGCUAUUGCUGCCGGAGACGCAUGGGAAGAAGCUGUCAGAGAUUGAGGAGUACUUUCACAAUAACUUUCUGGCCUUGGGAGCGGAGGCGAAGGACAAAAAGCGGCGAGCCGCAAGAAGGGCGCAGCAGAAGGCGACCGAGCCGCUUAAUCCGAAAACCGUGCAAAACGUUUAAGCUCUCUUAUUUUUCUUUUCGUUUUUUAUAACGCGAAUUUUGUAUGAACGCAGAGUUCAAGAUGUCUCGGAGAAAAUGAUCAAAGUAUUAUAUAAAACAAAACAAAAAUCACGCAACUAUAGCUAUUAAUUCUUAUACGACAAAUUUUCUAUGUGCGCUGACCUGCGCACCCGAGACAUAUUCAGCUGCGCAAAAUACCAUUUUGAUACAA